UAUUUUAACAGCUCAAGACUAUUUUGGCAGUUUAAGACUUCAGUCAAGUAUCUGACUCAAGAAUGCCAUUUCGAAAAGAUUGGGGAAAUGAACCUACCCGAAGGAGUGGACGUCUGUCAGAGCCAAAAGAAUCCAGCUCAAGGAAACGAAAGAAUUCUGAAGUAGAUGAAUCCGAGCCUAAAGCCAAAAUGUUAUUGACGAUAAGCAUGGAUGGACGAGAGAUAGAUUCACACUGCUGGAUCUGCCACAAACAAGGGCAGGAGCAAAUAUGUUCUUCUUGCCCUAGGGUUUUUCAUAAUCAGUGUUUGAAAUCUACAUCAAAUGAAUUCAGAACGCAGCAAAAUGUUUGUCCAGAGUGUUUGACGGAUAGUGUAGAUGGAACUCCAUUACCUACAAAUAUAACCAAAGAAGAUCUUCAAGAUGCUCUAAGUUUUAUAAUGUGUAAAGUAUUGGAUCUAUCACCCAAGGAUUUGAGUCAUUGGCCUUCUGCACAUAAAGUUUGUACUCGAAUGGAUGUCUCAAUGCUAGUGGAUCGUAUAAACAAAUCCAGGUAUACUACCACAGCAGAGUUUUAUAGAGAUGUGAAAUGGAUCUAUCAUAAUUGCUAUAAAGAGUUUGGAGCAUAUGCCAAUGAAACAGUAUCUGCAAAAAAAAUUGUGAAGCGGAUAAAAAAUGAAUUGUUAGACAUGGAGGCUUGUUAUGAAUGUUAUCACAAGAACUAUAGUGUUAAAUCUGUUGAUCAUAAUCCCUUUGUAACUCUGUGCGAAAAGCCACACCGUCUUUUAUGGGUCAAGCUGAAAGGUUAUCCAUAUUGGCCGUCAAAAUGCCUGAAAGUAAUCAACGGCUUGGCUCAUGUUCAUUUUUUUGGAACUCAUGACAGAACUAUUGUGAAAGCCAAUACAUGCUUUCUGAUGUCAAAAACAAAUCCAUCUGGGAAGAAGAUCCUGAGGUCUACUUAUCAAAAGUCUGAAGAUGAAAUGAAAUUGUACAUCAAGAAUUACGAGAAAAGACACGGAGCAUACCAAUAUGCUCCAGCAAAGUUGGUUUUCAUUCCAUCAGAUGAUGAAUGUCAUGUGGUCAAUAAGAGGCAAGAGACAUCUUUUAGUUUGAAUGUGAGUAUGUCUAGUGAAGUAGAGAAUGAAAAUUCCAAUAUUGAAGAUUCCGGUGAUAACGACUCUCAAUUUAUUGAAAUAAUUGAUGAUGUUGAAAUUGCUGAAGGUUCUGAAAACAAUGCAUUGUAUGAAAAUUGUGAUAUAAUUGAUGUACCUGAUGAAGACGAACCUGAAAUUGCCAUGAAUAAUUCAGAAAAUGGAAACUUUGAAAAUCAAGAGGAAAGUUCUGGUCCUUGUGAGAGCACAUUGCAAGGUGUUGAAACAUCUACUGCAUUGUCUCAGGAUGGUGUCGCUAUGUAUCAAAAAGGUUUUGCUUCACCAAGGUAUGUUUUACAUAUGCCAUCGCAAGGAAUGUCAUUGCAGAAUACAUCAACAGUGUUUGAACCUUCUGCCAUUGGAAUUAAUGUCAACCUGAUUCCAACAACAGAAUACUCAUCAGUCGAGAAUGUUCAAUCAUCAAACAUUUCACAAGGGGAAAUUCACACUGAUUUGCAUUCUGUGUCUAACACUGAACCUUCAAAUGGCCCGCACUGUGCCGAGAAUGAAGAGGACUUAGAAGUUUGCUAUUUGGCUGAAAGACCAAGGACAGGCAUGUACAGUUUCACUGUGCCUUCUGUUAUGGAACGUGUUGCUAGAGGAACCCAAGCAGCAAUAGUCUCAACAGUUGAUGCUCAUUUAGGCAGACCACAGCUUGGAACAUGUGAAAUAUUCAAAGUGAAAACUUAUUCACUUUUAGGAGGCAAAUCAAAGAUAUUAAUGUUUUUUGAUGGUUGCCCUGAAAGUCUUGGUUGCACCAUUUUACUGAGGGGAGGAUCUGCCAAUGAAUUAAAAAAAGUGAAGCAAGUUGUACAAUUUAUGGUAUAUGUUGCUUAUAAUUGGCAUUUAGAACGUUCUUUUCUGAUGGAUGAAUUUGCAUUCCUUGCUUCUUUUCUUGAUGAAGAAUUGGAGUUAGAUAAAUCAGAAGUUAAUGAUUCUAAUGAUGAUGACAUAAAUAUAAGUCCAAAUACUGUAGAAAAUGUUGAUAUUGAUAAGAAUGCUAAUCUAAAUCAAAAACAACCAGUGAAGAAAACUAGGUCAAGAUGUGAUGACAAUAGAAAAUUAGAGACAGAAUCAAUAAGUGACUUUAGCGAUCCCUUGCACUCUUACUUGCAGCUAGAAAAUGAUGUUUUCACUGUUGAAACUUGCAACUUGAAAGUUGAUUCCUUACCAGUACCCAAUACAUUUAGUAAACUACUCGAUGACAUUAUUUUGUGCUGCUCCAUCAACAUCAAACCAGUCCUUCCAUAUUUGGAAACAGAAGCGGGUAAAAAGUGCCCUUUGAGAAAGUUUUUUCCCAUCGAAAUAUACUGGUCGAGGCAUUUUGAGAAAGAAAGUAACAUAGAGAUGUUACACCAAAUCGAUACUCAGAUUGAAUAUGACGAUGAAUUAGUGUCAAUCAAAGGAAUCGUGAACAGUAGGAAUGUAGAAAUACUACCCUAUCAUCCGUUCACAUCAUACAAGAUCACGGAUGUAUUAAGAUUAUCGAUUGAAUUUCAAUCACUAUUAGCAGACUUUCGAGCAAGAGGUGGCACCAUUAAACAUCUUUGCAUACAUGAAAGGGCAAUGAAGGAAAAAGAAAAGAAGCCACCUGAAGGCAAUCAAAAUGCAAAAGACUAUUCGAAGAAUGUUGAAAACUCAAAUACAGGGUUAUGCUGGGAAAAGAAGGUUGAUGCCUUAGAUCCAUUUAAUCACCAGUCUUUAGCUGUUCUUUUUUCUAGUUACUCUUGUGCUUCAGAUAAUGCUCCUAAUUAUUGUGUCAGUCCUUGGGUUGUAAAAAUGGAGUUUUAUGGGUCCAACGAUAUCACUCUUGGCGGAUUUUUAGAUAGAUAUUGUUUUAGAUCCACCUACAUUUGUCCAAGCACCUCAUGCAUCACACCAAUGACAGAGCAUGUUCGAAAGUUUGUUCAUGGAUCUGGAUGUGUUCAUAUUUUAUUACAUGAACUUACUAACAGUCUACAAGGUGCUGAAAGCAACAUAUUAAUGUGGAGCUGGUGUCACAAGUGCAGAAAGGCAACACCUGUUGUUUCCAUGUCUCAAGAUACCUGGUCAUUUUCUUUUGCAAAAUACUUAGAGCUGCGUUUUUAUGCUGAGAGUUAUAAACGAAGAGGGACCAGUGAACAGUGCUCUCAUUCCCUUCACCAUGAUUACUACCAGUAUUUUGCUCAAAAUAAGCUGGUAGCAAUUUUUAAGUAUACACCUGUGUUUAUUUGGGAAAUAGUCUUUCCAGCAUUUGUGAUAUCUGUUAGUGAUAAAGCCAUUACUGUGACAGCCUUAAUUGAACAAAUAAAAAAUAUGGCUAUGAUUGGCCAUACUAUUCACAGCAAUUUAUUCAGUGUGCUAUUUUCCUUACGAGAAGAAUAUGCUGGAAAUAAUUCUGAAGAGUUUGUUGAUGACAUGAUCAAUAUGUUAAAGCUAGAAACACCUUCAUUCCGGGAAAAAAUUGAAGAAAUACAAUUGAGGUUGACAUCUCCUACAUUAGAGAGCUUACAAAUCAACACAAUAGAAGAUAUUGAAAAAAAUAAAGAUGUUUGCAAUUUCAUGUGGAAAAUUGAAGAUCAAGUUACUCUGUUAAAGUACCACAUUGCAGAAGUUGUUCAAGUUUGGAAUAGUCGCAUACAAGAAUUUAUCUCUGCUAGAAAAAAGGAACAAAAAAUUCAGUCUAAGCUCCUUCAGCAGACAAGUAGAAUUUCAGAAGAUGAACAUUCAAUAACCAAACCUCAGGAACCUAAUGUGGAUGAUAAAGCAAUUCAUGUUACCCAAAAAAAUGCCGAUAGUUGUAUUGUGGUUAAAGAUAAUGUACAAGAUGAUAAAUCUUUACCUGAAGCAAAAUGUGAAUAUGAGAAGAAGUGUGAACUGUUUUACAAUAAGAAUAAGUUACGGAAAUUAUCUAUUUUUGGAAGAUCAUUAUCUUUUGAAAGUGUUUUUGACUUAAAAUAUACUUUGGCAAAUAAAAAGGAACUUCCUGUAAAAAUUAUUAGUAAAUCUGAAAGUUUUCUGUCUCAGGCUAAAAAAGCAGAUGCCAAUAAAACUCUUUUGGAAAAUGAGUACAGCAUUUCAAGUAGUGAUUCGAGUUAUACUUAUGGUGUUACACCAGGCAUUUAUGCUGGACUAAAAGUAUCAGAACCUGAAGAUGAUGAAUCAUACGUUAUUUGUCAUAAAGAAAGCAUCAAGGAAACUACUGCUGUUACAGUAAGAAAACGCCAUGAGCGCUCUAAAUCGGAUGCAGAAACACUUUCAAAUCCAAACAGAUUGUCGUUAGACAAACCAGAUGGAAAUAAACCAGAAAAAAAAGAAAGAACUGUCAAAUCUAUGUUGAGCCAGCUUUUAUCAAGCUCUUCUGAUAAUCCAAUUGAGAAUCCAUUUUCCUCUUCUGAGCAUUUACUCCUACCUCAGAACCCUAAGCUUCCAAUCGUUGUUUAUGAAGAUAAACCCAGCUCCAUAAUAGCUUACACUUUAGCUUCGAAUGAUUAUGAACAAAAGUUACAAGAACUGAAACUUAAUCUCGCCAGUAAUGUAAAUGUAUCUCAAAAGGAUAGUUUAACAUCAAGCCCUUUGCUGAAACACCGACCCAACUCUAAAAAUCUAAAUGAAAAUUCAAUGCAAUUGGAACCACAUCUUUCAAGUGAUGAUAUGUUUGAUUUUUCAGUUGAUUCUGUGGAUAAAAAUCACCUGAAAGCUACAAAUAAUAAGUCUUCUAACUUACAUUUAGAAAUUCAGUUCACAGACAGUACUACCAAAUUUUACUGCAGAAUCUACUAUGCUGAACAAUUUCGAAAGCUUCGUAGUCUGAUUUUUACCGAAGGAGAAGAACGUUACAUUAGAUCCCUAUCUCUUUGUGUGCAAUGGAUUGCAAGAGGAGGAAAAUCAGGAUCAAUGUUUUGCAAAACUCAUGAUGAUCGGUUCAUCUUGAAGCAGAUGCCUAGAUUGGAACUACAGUCUUUUAUGGAAUUGGCACCAUCAUAUUUUCAAUAUUUAAACAAAGCUUAUUUAGAACAGAAACCAACACUCCUUGCGAAAAUUCUUGGGAUUUACCGAAUAGGAUUUAAAAAUACUGCUACUAAUGCUGCUACUAAAAUGGAUCUGCUUGUCAUGGAGAAUUUGUUCUAUAAUAGAAAUGUCUCCAGGAAAUAUGAUUUGAAAGGCAGUGUUAGGAAUAGAUUAGUUAAUACUAGUGGAUUACAGGAAGAUGAUAUUGUGCUUCUUGAUGAAAAUCUUCUUAAAGUCACCUGUGAUAAUCCUCUGUACAUAAGACCACAUUGCAAAACAGUUUUGACUUCAGCCAUUAGUAAUGACACACAGUUCUUAGCUGAACAAUCUGUGAUGGAUUAUUCUCUUCUUGUUGGAUUAGAUGAAGAAAAAGGAGAGUUGGUUGUUGGCAUUAUUGAUUAUAUUCGUACCUUUACUUGGGAUAAAAAAGUGGAAAUGAUGAUAAAAUCUUCUGGGCUUUUAGGGGGCCAUGGGAAAAUGCCAACAGUUGUUUCACCUGAACUUUACCGUAUGCGCUUUUGUGAAGCAAUGGACAGCUACUUUUUAUGGAUUCCAGAUCGGUGGACUGGCUUGGGAAGUGGAAUUGAUGGAUAGCAUUUUAAUCCUAUAAGAAUAUUUUUCUAUAGUUCAAGUAAUGGAUUUGAAGAAAUUGUAUUUUUUAUAUGAAGAACAUAUUUGUCCCGUACUCUGCAUUCAUUUAAAAAUAUUUUAGUACCUUUUGUACCAAGUUUUUCAUUCAUGAUUCCUCAGAGUGUGAAAAUGCUUCAUCUUCAUUUAGAAGUUUUUUUUUUUUUUUUCAUAUUUAUUGUGUUUUAAUAAUUUUCAAAUUGGUCAAUUUUGUAGUCUUAGCGAUCAAAAGUUUUCAGGCUCCAUGAUUUUCUGUCCUAGUUUUCUCUGUUUCAUAUUUUAGGACAUUCCAGGGACAUGACUUUAUGUAAAGCCGGAUUUGCAUAUCUACUCAAAGUUAUUAAAAUUAAAAAGCAUUAUUUUGCAUAUAUCUCGUUUUAAAAAAAAUUAAUGAAACUGAAGUGUAGAAGCCAAUGAGUGAGCUUUAAAUACUCACUCAUUGGCUUGCCAAAUUUUCUGAAUGGAAUUAUUCUGUUCUAGUGGCUGAGAAAGUGAAAUCUUUGAGUGAAUGACAACAUCACAUAUGUUUAAGUUAAGUAAUGAAAUUUUGAAUUUCAUCUCAUUGUUUCAAAAUUCUCUUUUCAACUUUUCAAAUGCGCAUUUGAUAUUUUUUAAAUUCAGUUUUAGCACAUAACAUUGACUGUGCAUCUAGUGACUGAAGCUACAAAAUACUGAUUCACACCCUAGUAAGAGACUUAUCUUGCAGAAAAAACAUGUUGUCUCAAAACAGUUUACAAGCUACCGUAAUUACAAAAACUGAAGGGGAAUGUAAUAAUAUUACAAUAAUUUAGUAGAAUUAUGCAAGAGAAUGUUUAUUAAAAAAUGGAAAAAUAACACUCAGUGCCGCACAGCCAGGGAAGAAUUUAUGGUUAACCCAGGGUAUGCACAGAAAAUUUGGGGCACGUCAGAAAUGAAUGUUGUUUACCACUAUGUCCCAACAAAUAUUUUACCUCUUAACUUAAAAAUCUCGGGCUACCUUCAGGCUAAGACCCAGGCCAACAGCUGCCCCCCCCCCCCCCUCUGUGCAUGCCCCUAGGUCAACUUCCAACCGCUGGCUAGAACCCUUGAUUUUAGCACAAAUUUACCAAUCUUAGUAGGAGUGGUUCUGACUAAAAAACUAGACCCAGGAAGUAAUUUCUGGCUGCUCUACUGAUACACUAGAGGACAUUUAUCGAAAGUCAUAACUGAUUUUUUUUUUUUUGUGAUUGAGCAUUACAUUAAUUCCAUUAAAAACUCUGAUUAUUUAUAUUGUUCUAUCAAUGAGUUUAAACUUUAAUUGGUGAUUUCAAAGCUUUAAGCAUUAGAUUUAAAUUAUUUUUAGUGAGACCUCUGGAGUAACUUAUUAUCCAAAAUGUUCUUACUUGUGUGUUGGAAAUAGAAGAAAAAAAAAAUUUUGUUCUGAGAAAUGGAUUGUCAUUCAUUUUUAAACUAGUCAUGUUUUUAAAAUGUUUUUAUGUUCAUCUAUGAAAGUAAGAUUAAUGCAAUGAGCAAAGAGGAAAUUAAAAGUUUGUUAAAUGAACCAUAAUUUAAUGUAUAUAUUUUUUUUUAAAUCAAAAGAAAGCAUAUUCAGUGUUAAGCAGAAUUGAAUGUUUUAAAAUGUUUUCUGAUAAAGAGUAAGAUAUAUUUUUUUUCUAUGUUCCUUGCAUUAUCCCUGUGAUAACAUUUCAGUGAUGCCUUUUUUAUAUAUAAUAAAG